UGGUCACUUGGUCCACUACUUUGGUUCAGACUGAAAUAUUUCAGCAACUAUUAGAUGGAUUGCCAUUUUGUAUAAACAUUCAUGGCUCCCAAAGGAUGAAUCCUACAGACAUUGGUGAUUCCCUGACACCUCCUCUAGCACUGGCAUGAGGUUGACAUUUUAGGGGUUUUAGUGAAAUAUCUCAACAAUGUUUGGAUGGAUAGCCAUGAAAUUUGCUACAGAUAUUCGAGGUUCCUCGGAUGGUGAUGGACUGACUUUUCCUGUAGCGCCAUGAGGUCAUUUUCAAAUUUCACAUUGUAACGUUACCAUCAUCAGGUGUAACUGGCCUAUGAGAAGAGACAGAUCCCCUGGGGACCAAAGGUGGAGUGGAGCUCAGGGGUCAGGCUCCUGUGAGACCCAGAGCUUCUAGUUUGAAUGGUCCUCCUGUUCAGCUCAAACACUGGCCCGGGGAUGGCACUUUAGAGCGGGAUAUAUCCUCACACCAGGAACUGGAAAAGAUCCAUCUGCAGGAGCCCUGGGACUUUCUUCCUCAGGAAUAUGCACUUAUAGCCCCUGACUUCAGACAUUUGAAAAUGCCAGCCUCCAAAGAUAAGUUGGUGUUUGCAGCACUCUUUGCCAUCUUGGGACUGACCCAGUGUCAAAAGUUGCCAAGUUUUGACCUGCUAGAGGAGUUUCGUGUGCCUGAGUCGAGAGGAGUGAGGAGAGUGGACGGCUCUCAACCUGAGGUGAUGGCCUACCGUGUCAACCCCUCUAUCCAUCUCCGGAGGACCAUGAGUGAUGUGUAUCCAGAUGGGCUUCCCUCCGACUACUCCGUCAUUGCAACAUUUAAGGUGACCAAGGACACUGGCAAGAAAUCCUGGGACCUGUGGCAGGUUAGCGACCCCAGCGGACGAGAGCAAGUUGGUCUGCGUUUCCAAGGUGAUACGCGCUCUUUAGACUUCUUCUACACCAGCCCCCAUGGGAACCAGAUGCUGAGGACCUUCCAUGGUAUUGAAAAAUUGUUUGACGGGGAGUGGCACAAGUUGGCGCUGAGUGUAAAGGGCAGCAAGGUGAAGCUGCUAAUAGACUGUGAAGAGGUCAGUGUAGAGUCUAUUGAUGAGCCGAGGCCAGUCAUCCACCGAGGGUACACCUCCAUCGUCAAGCGGGCUGUAGGAGAUCGCUCUGUGUCUGUGGACCUGCAGCAGAUGGAGGUGUCAUGUGACCCAGAGCAGGCCUAUUCAGAGGGCUGCUGUGAGCUCUCCAGUGUGUGUGGAGGGUAUGCAGAGAUCGGCCUAACAGCUGGAGGACCGUCCUGCAAAUGUAUAAACGGACAACCGGGCAUUCAAGGACCUCCGGGGCCAAAGGGUCACAGAGGUCUUCCAGGUGAACCUGGAGACUCUGGAAGACUUGGGAACUGGGGGAUCAGGGGAAACACAGGAGACUACGGCAACAUUGGCGAGACAGGCCCAAAGGGGGAAGAAGGAAUCAAAGGCGAGAAAGGAACGAGAGGACUCUGGGGCCAAGUGGGAGACAGAGGUCCUAAAGGGCUGAAAGGAUUAAAAGGGGCAGCAGGCUUCAAGGGAGUUCGUGGGCCACCUGGAGACAUCGGAGAGACUGGGAAACCAGGAAAAGUUGGUGCUAAAGGCAAAAAAGGAUAUGAAGGGAUUCCCGGGUUUCAAGGAGUUAAGGGAGAAAAGGGGGCCACUGGUAAAAUGGGGCGUGCUGGGCCCAGAGGAAAGCAGGGUAUCGUGGGAGAUCCUGGAGAGAGGGGAUCAUCAGGAGAGAAGGGGAAGCCUGGGACCCAAGGACCUACGGGCCGAGGCGGCACCAUCGGACCGAAGGGUAUUAUUGGAGAUCCGGGCAUACCAGGCAGAGAUGGUGAUCCAGGAAUAGAGGCUUAUCAAGGACCACAAGGUCUCAGUGGAAAACUUGGACGAAGUGGAGCAAAGGGAGAGAAAGGCACCCUUGGGUCAGCAGGAGAAAUGGGUCCCCAAGGCCGAACUGGCCCAACAGGUUACAAAGGUUCUGCAGGGAAGCCAGGAAGACCGGGAUUUAUCGGUCCACCGGGACCUACUGGACACGUGGGUGUGCCUGGAAAACCAGGACCCAAGGGUGACACAGGAAUCCAGGGAAUCCAAGGAGUUAAAGGGGCACAGGGGGGAAAAGGUGUUAAGGGCCCAAAAGGAAAGGUUGGGGACAGGGGUGGGCAGGGGCCUCAGGGAGGACGGGGGAAGCGCGGCCCGGUAGGCCCACCUGGACGCUCAGGUCCUGUCGGAGUCAAGGGGGUUCGAGGUGAAGGAGGACCAGAUGGCUUUCAGGGCCCCCCUGGUCCACCAGGCCCGACCCUCCCUGCUCAACAUGUGAUUGAGGUUUGUAAGCAAGUGGUCCUGGAGCAGAUGUCCACCUUUGCCAACUCAGUGAAGAGGACGUGUGCUGCAGUUUGUCCUCUCUAUGGGGACGUGCCCAUGGGCGCCCCUGGUCCCCCUGGACAGAAAGGACCCCCCGGACCUCCUGGUGACCCCGGUAAUGAUGGUGUUGAUGGAGAAGUGGGCCUGCAGGGAUUCUACGGAGAAGCCGGAGAGCUGGGCCGCCAAGGAGAAACAGGUGACAGAGGAGAGCAAGGUGAUAAGGGGCCCAAGGGUUACGGCCUAACUGGCUACACCGGAGACCAGGGACCAAUGGGUCAGCGUGGACGUCCUGGCAGAGCCUUUAACGGCCAGCCAGGGAAGCAGGGUGAGAGGGGACACGUAGGCCGGCCUGGACUCAGGGGCCACGCAGGUCUCAGAGGGCCUCCAGGUGUUUGUGUCACCUCUGGGUGUGCUCAGCUGAACUCCACCAGUGGGCAACCUCAGCCAGCACCACGGAGAUUGAGGAAUCGCCCGUAGAAGAAAAAACGAGGCUAUGUGUGGACAGUGAAUUGAAUAUUGGGUUUAAAAGAGGACAAAACAUGGUAGAUUUGUUAAUAUGUGUUUGUUCAAAUAAACUGACGUUUUCAUGUAAAUAUGCUUCCCAACUGAAACCUGAGCUGAACUUCUGGAAACAGUUUGAUACAAGGUUACCAAAGACACACUCUCUGUGAUUUGAGAGUGGUAACAAAAUAUAUUUGUAUAAAAGACAUCAUUUAUUUAAACUGAUUUCACAAGUCUGAGUUGUCUUCAACAAUCUGUUCUUUAUAAUAAAAAAUUCAAAAAUGAUAUAAA